ACGGAAAAUGCCAGAUGGACCCAGUACCGCCGGAACUUUAGAUUCCAAGGAUAGUCACGUGACGCAAAAUCCAAGAUGGAGGGUGUUUCAAAAAAUUUUUUCGGAUACAGUCUGGCCAAGCUUUAGGAGGUCUGACCAAGGACGUUACACAGGAAUUAAAAAGUAUAGAAAGGUUUCUGCCACUGGAGAUUUUUGAGGACGAGAUAUAGAACAGGCAGACAAGAUGGAUACAGAAGCCUGCAAUAUCAAGCGCCGUGUCAACUCUUCCCGUAAGCGCCGCCGUGACCCCACAGGGACCACGCCCGCAAAGGGAAAGAUAGCCAGACAAAUCAGUUUUACAGAAGGCCCAUCCAGUCAGGUACAAUCUUCAGACACUGCUUUAAAACAGAAAACUUCUAAAGCAAUGUAUUGUGAGGGAACCUGCCAGUCAAAUCCAGUCAGUAACAAUGAAGAAACACCCAGGAAUAAAAGACUUGUGACAAAUACUAGUGCAGUAUCUUGUGGCCAGCCAUCAAGAAGACCAUUGUUUAAAGGGAAUGCCAGUGAAGAAAUGAAAGGGAAGCAGAUGUACCAGGAUAUGCCAAACUCCUGGAAGGUUGUCUCAAGGCAAGAGGAGGUAUCAUCUGGAAGGCCAGGACUGAGGUCAGGGUCAGUGUCAGCAAGAGAAGUGAAAAGACCAGAAGAUAUGUCAAAGAGGAAAAGGCCUCUUCCUUGUGCAAGUUCUACACCAGGACCUGAUAAGUCCUUUCAGGAGUGUCCUGGAACACCUGAUAUGCUGUUCCAAGAUGAAGACUGUAACACUGCAGACCCUCAGGAUAGUUUUAACUCUAGCGACACACUCUUUGCACAGAUGAACCUCAGCAAUCUACAGGAAUCAGAAUCAGCCAAUCAGGUAAAAGAAUUCACACCUGCAGCAGAUGAUGUCGUCCUUGCUCCUAUAGCUAUGGAAUCAUCUCAAAAUGAUGACAGAAGUGAAAACACACACGUGCAAGAAAAGAAGAUAUUGACUGAUGGACUCAGUAGGACUAGUGGUAAAGUUAAAGAAGCAAAUGACCCCAAACAAGAACCAAAACUCAGUGGAAUACAAAGUGGAAAUAUAGGGAACCUCAACCCAUCUUGCAAGACAAUGCCACUUUCUGGAAAAGUAUUUCAUACCAGAGGACAGAGACAACAGUUGGGCAAUACAACUAUCCAAAGCCAUUGUGCACAAUCUUCAUCAUAUGGGAAGAAAGAAAGUGAUACAAAAUACACUAAGCCACCACAAGACAAAGUUAGGGAGGAGGCAAAUACUGUACCCACAAAACCAAUGGUUUUGAAACAGGAAACUGGCAAAGACAGCUGUCUGGGUGAUGACAUAAAAAAGCAACAGACUGUGGCAAUCAAGUCUGCAGUGUCCACUCCCAAACCAUCAGGGUCAUUAAGGGAUAGAAUUAGACAGGCACUGCAAACCAACAUCAAGAACACCACACCUCAGGCUACCAAGAGCAAACAGAUGAGGGAGGAGUCGGUUACCAAGGUGAUCAGUGAUGCUAUGGAAACGUACCAGAAGACUUCAGAGUACGAUGUCGGUCCAUUCUAUGGGCUGCCUUCCAGAGUGAGGGAGAUGCUCAUCCAACAUCGAGGGAUUGGGAAGCUCUAUGACUGGCAGAAUGAGUGUCUGACCCUAGAUACCAUCCAGAACCGGGGAAACCUGAUCUACUCCCUCCCGACCAGCGGGGGGAAAACCUUGGUGGCAGAGAUCCUCAUCAUGAAGGAGAUCCUCUGUAGGAAGAAGGACACACUGCUGGUUCUUCCCUUUGUUUCUAUUGUACAAGAAAAGGUUCGCACAAUUGCUCCCUUUGCCGCUGAUCUGGACUUCAUUGUGGAAGAGUAUGCCGGGAGUCGAGGAAGGUUCCCUCCCAGAAAGAGGCGGAAUAAACAUGCCCUUUACAUCGCUACCAUCGAGAAGGCCAACUCCUUAGUCAACUCACUUGUGGAGCUAGGAAGACUUGAAGAGAUAGGCCUUGUCGUUGUGGAUGAGCUCCACAUGCUUGGGGAGGGGGGCAGUAGAGGUGCCACUCUGGAGAUGUGCCUGGCAAAGGUGCUCUACAUCAGCAAAUCUUCGCAAAUCAUUGGCAUGAGCGCCACACUGAACAACAUCCAAGAACUGCAGACGUUCCUCUCUGCUGAGGUGUACUCCAACAACUUCAGACCUGUGCAGCUUAAAGAAUAUCUGAAGAUUACAGACAGUAUUUAUGAGGUGAACUCAAAGGCCUUAUGUCCUGAAGACCAGAUUCAGUUCUCAAGAAUGGUCAGCUAUAAGUACCCAAAAGAGAUGCAGUCCCGAGACCCAGACCACCUGGUCGGCAUGGUGAUGGACGUGAUCCCCACCCACUCCUGUCUGCUCUUCUGCCCCACCAAGAAGAACUGUCAGAAUGUGGUGGACAUGCUGUGUAAGCUACUGCCAAGAACUCUCCGUGGACACAAAGUACCCGGGAAGAAGGCCCUUCUGAAGGCCCUGGAGUCUGAUGGCAAUGGUACGGUGUGCCCUGUGCUGAAGUACACCAUCCCGUUUGGACUGGCGUACCACCACAGCGGGCUGACCAUGGACGAGAGGAAACUGAUCGAGGAGGCGUACUCGGAAGGAGUGCUGUGUCUACUGGCCUGCACCUCCACACUCGCUGCAGGGGUCAACCUGCCGGCAAAAAGGGUGAUCCUGAGAGCGCCCUUUGUUGGGGAACACUUCAUCAGCAGAGCCCAGUAUAAACAGAUGGUGGGGCGGGCGGGCAGGGCAGGCAUUGACUCCUCGGGGGAGAGUGUCACCAUAGUCAAGCCUCAGGACAAGGCAAAGAUUAUUGAGCUGAUUGGGAGACCAUUUGAGAGUUGCCGCAGCAGUCUGAUGUAUGAUGAUGGCAAAGGGCUGAGAACACUUAUCUUAAAUCUCAUUGGUCUGAAGAUUGCCACCAGCAGAGCAGCAGUGUCAGCCUUUCUGAGCCACACCCUCUUCAGUGUGCAGUGUGAUUCUCAGCAGGACCAGGGUUUCCUGGAGUUCACCCAGCAUGCCUUGCAGGACUUGGUAGAAGUGGGGCUAGUUACAGAGAAGACAUUACUACCAGCAGACAGUGGAGAUGAGGACAUCCUGCUGGAAGUGACCAGACUGGGACAAGCUUCUUUCAAAGGUCCCAUAGACAUCAAGUACUGUACCCAGCUGUACCAGGACCUGUGUAAGGCUCAGGAGGCCCUGGUGGUGGAGAACAGCCUGCACAUGUUAUACCUGGUCACACCUUACGACAUGGUGGGGAGUGUGCGCCCAAACUGGAUGAUAUACUUCAGACAGCUCAGCCAGCUGAAACCCAUUGAGCUGAAGGCUGCAACAAUCAUCGGUGUUCCGGAGGGCUACAUCACCAGGAAGGCGUCCGGACAGAGAGCCAGACAGGCCUCCAUAGACGAGGCGGUGGUGAGCCGGUUCUACCUGACACUGAUGAUCUACAGUCUGAUGAAGCAGCACAGCAUCUGGGACGUCUCCGAGAAGUUUGAGGUACCAAGGGGCUUUCUGCAAAACCUGCUGUCCAGUGCAGCCAGCUUCUGUGCCUGUGUGCUGCACUUUUGUGAGGCACUGGAGGAGAUGUGGCCAUUAAGGGUUCUACUAGAAACCCUUGUGAAGAACCUGUCCUACUGUGUCACCAGUGAACUCAUCCCACUCAUGGAGGUGCCUGGUGUCAAACAGGGUCGAGCAAGACAGCUGUAUAAGGCUGGGUACAAGACCUUACAGGACCUGGCUCAUGCCGAGACAGAGAGUCUGGUCCAGAACAUUCAGCACAUGCCGAGGAAGGUGGCCUACCAGAUCAUCGCUGCUGCAAAGGUUCUGAUUUCUGAAAAAGCUGAAAGCCUACUGGAGGAGGCAGAGGACCUUGUUGCCAUGCCAACAGAUGGAGUUGCUGGUUCUGUUGCGGUGGAAACAGAUGCCAUGUCAGUGGACGGUUGGAGCCAGGACAGUCAGAACCAGCGGUGGUCACAAGUUUCCCUAAAGGAGACUCCAUCACAGUAGAAGAUGUAGAGAAGGAGAUAAGAUAGAAUUGAUUGGAUGAACUAUAGUAAACCUCAAACUUCUGAAGAUGUUGGAGCUGCAGUUAUUUAAAAUUGUUUGAAAAAUGAAUUGCACAAAUACUGUGAUUUGAUAUGCCUAAAAAGAUAUGUCGGUGCCUUAUUUAAAGAAUCCUAGGUAUGGUUUCCUGAAAUGUUUUACCAUAUGUAUUUAUAAACCAGUUACCAUAUUUUCUCGAAUAAAGUAAGCACUGUGAUGAAAUGAUGAAAAGUUGCUGCUUGUUGUUGCCAAAGUCGGGGUGCAUGUAUUACCUUGUUUGAGGUUAUUGCACAGAUAAAUGAGAAAAAGACCUCAAAUAGAGCAAAGUGGUGCUACGCUUUUAGGAAGGGGGCAAAACUAUACACAUUGUUUUUGUGUACAACAUUUCUUCUAUUCUGAAUGUUUUCUUAUAACCGGCAGUAGGCAAUUUGUGGGUCUUUAGAAACAUUGACAGUGGGGGUUUAUGUAGAAUUACUUAGCAAAAAGAGAAGAAAAUGUCAUAGAUUUGAAUCAAGUUCAAGAUUGGUAAAAAAAGGGUGCAUACUUGAUUUGAGUUUUUCCAUUGCUUGCCCCAAAUUGGGUGCGUAUUUUGAUUGGGAUGCAUACUUUCCUCAAGAAGAUAGGUAGUCAACAGGACUGUCCAACUCAGUCGUAAUCAACUAUAUAUUUCCCCCAGCAAUAAUUCUGGCCAACAAGCAUUUUGGGAGACAUCCCAUACCAGUUGCUUUAUUGAUAGGUGAUGGCUUUUAUGUUUUAUCUUAGAACAACAUGAAUUGUCAUCUGAAGGACUACUUACAUUUGUACAUGUAUACAUGGAGGUCCCUAGAGUCUAGAAACAAUUGUAGAAACAUUACAUAUUUUCCACUUUGUAUUACUGGUAUAUGUAGUUCUAAAAGGAAUAGAUAGACUACAUCAUAACAUUUUUGUUUAAGUUGUUGCCCAUUUUUACCACUAAACAUGUGUAAAUAUGAAAUAUGUUCCUCAAUGACUUGCGGUGUAAUGGCUGAUGCCAGAAAUGACAUUUUCACAAAACCCCUUCAGACCCUUAAUUUGUGUUAUGGGGCUUACAUUAAGACAAUGCAGCUUAGGAAUUCUCGUUUUGAAUUUUUUGUUCUCAUAGACGAGUGACUGUUCAUACUUUGGUUACUAGUAUGUACACACAACAGUGUCAUUUGAAUUGAAAGCAUAUUUUAUUUGUAUGCCAUCCCUCCUAUAACAUGAACUUAUUUAUAUUGAGGAUACUAACCUUAAUAAAAAAAGGGAC